ACAUCUCGUUGGUGAGCCCUUUAUUUCCUGGUCAGUCCCCUAAAUCGCCUCCGACAAUCGGUGGUUAACUGUUUCGAGGGUUUUGCUCCCUUUGUUCACAAUAUUCAACAUAUUCCCCAGGAGUCAUCAGCACCUGUGGACAACCCCGACUGCAGUGGGUGCAUUAUAACCGUGACAAGGCCAAAAAUGAGUAAAUCCAAGGAUUCACCAGUCAAUGAGACCGAGACUGAGGAGGAGUUCAGUGUUGAGAAGGUUUUGGACAGGCGAAUGAGGAAUGGAAAAGUUGAGUACUUCCUGAAGUGGAAAGGAUACUCAAAUGACGAGAACACGUGGGAACCCGAGGAGAAUCUCGAUUGUCCAGAUCUGAUUGCUCAGUUUGAGGAGCAGCGAAAGAAGAAGGAGGCGGCUAGUGGAAAACACCGUGAGGAGAAGGAGUCCAAGAAGAGGAAGAGCUCCAGUACACCCACUCCAACACAGCCAAAGAAAAAGAGCGUUGAUGAUAAGAAAUUAGAAGGCUUUGACAGAGGUCUGGAACCAGAACGAAUCAUUGGCGCAACUGAUUCAAGUGGCGAGCUCAUGUUCCUGAUGAAAUGGAAAGGCACUGACGAUGCAGACCUCGUAGCGGCGCGCGUUGCCAAUGAAAAGUGUCCCCAAAUCGUUAUCAAAUUCUACGAGGAGAGACUCACGUGGCACAGCCCCACGCACGACGAGGAAGGCUCCAAUAAAGCCGACCCAGAGUAGCCCCCAGCCUUUCCAUACACCUAUACAGCUCGUUUUAAGAUUUGUCAUAUCUAGGGAUUCCGCAGAAAAACAGACUCAUAAUAAACGACAUCUAACUAUUAGCAGUUAAAGUAAAACAUUCAAACUAAACAAUUAAUUAUUAAAAUCAGAAAAUAAAAAUAAAUGUUGAAUUAUCUUUGAAACGGUUUUGAGCUCCAAACAAAUCAACUGAUUGCAAUUUUUACGAGUUUAAAAUGAAGGGAUGGCAAACGGUAUAUCGAUAUUUUUUUUACCAGUUAAUAAUAAAACAAAAAAAAUAUGAACGUAGAUUUAAGAAAUCAUUUCUAAAUGAUAUUUCGAUAUAUUUCAAAAGCAUCGGUUUAUUGGGAAAUUGUUAACGAAUUAAGUCGAUUUGUCUCGUUCAUGAAUUGAAAUAACUCUUUACAAACGUAAUUAGAUCAUUAAUGAAUCACCAAAAAGUAUUUAUAUUUCUCAAAAUACAUUCAAUCCGUUAAAUCAUGAAGGAAAAUUUUGAAAAAUAUGUGAACUAAUAGAAUAGUCGAGAAGUUCGAUGUCAAAUCGACUUGAAUUGUUUUACAUUUCUAGGAAUUUGACUCGUAGAUUAGUGGUUAUCAUCAAUGGGAUUCGAUGCAUGGGACAAAACCCAGUCCGACUUUUACAAUUUGAUUCUCAAAAAAAAGUACCAAUUGUUAAUCGUUCACUGAAAUAUUCAUUAUUUUUUUUAUUUUGAAAUUGGUAAUUUGAAAUUCAACGGACUAGAGAUAUGUUCAUUGAUUAACAAAGGUCGUUUCAUCCUAGGUUAAUUAUUCAUUAGUACAUUAAUUUAGAGUUGAAUAGGUAAGACAUUUUUUUCCAAAAAAUUGAGUAUCAUUGAUGCAGUAGAAUGAGGAUUAUCUCCGCAGGAUGACGUGAGAUAUCUCAACAUUUUUCAACGUUUAUAAAUUUUAUCAUUAAAAAUUAUUUCAUUAAUGUUUAGUACAAACGAGAGCUCUGGAUUUGUUUACUUUAUUUUUUUUAAGUUGUGGAAGGUGCGGAAAUUUUUUUUCUUUCGAUUUAUUAUAAAUACAUUUCCAAAACUUCUACUGUAAAAUAAAUACCAUUGACAUGUAAAAAGGCAAAA